GUGUGUGCGUGUGUGUGUGUGUGUCUCCAGGGAACAUAAUGUACCUGCUGCUAUAGAACAGGGAAGCUGUAUUUGAUUUAAAGCAGCUUUUAGUAACAGCGAAUCUAGUUAUUAUAUGGACGCUGUAAUAAUAUACAUACUGUCCUCGUUGACGGUGGUUCAGCCGUUUCAUUGACCUACUCAUGUCCAUGUGUCGCCAUAAUGUCGCGUCUGUCCGCCGUAGACGUAGCAGAAUGGUGGAACCGAUAAAAACGUCUUAUUUCAUACCGAUAUAAUACACACCGGGAUGACGCAAGUCAGGUGAUAUCUCGUUAAAAGAGGGUGUGUGUGUGUGUACGGUGUUUUGAGGUCGAGUGACAGACAGCAGCGACGUUUUCUCCGCCUGAAGCAGCACCGGGGAGCCGUGAGCAAAGCAGCGGGGAGCUCCCAUCUGAUGGAAAACGGCGGGUUUUAACGGCCAGCAGCACCGAGAGCAUCGACCCGGGAGGCACGGUUCCGUUAUCCUAGGAAUUAGAGGCUCAGACGGCACCGGAAGGAAAGGUCACCAUCACCCCAAAGCCUCCUGCCUCUCCUCUCCUCUGUUAGCUCUGUGUGUUCUUGGAGGGAAGGUUGUGUAGCCUCCCCUCCUCUCCUCUCCUCUCCUCUCCUCUCCUCUCCUCUCCUCUCCUCUCCUCUCCUCUCCUCUCCUCUCCUCUCCUCUCCUCUCCUCUCCUCUCCUCUCCUCUCCUCUCCUCUCCUCUCCUCUCCUCUCCUCUGUUAGCUCUGUGUGUGACCUGGAGGGAGGGUUGUGUAACCUAGAUGUGUGUGUGUGUUUGUGUCGUGGUUGUGAGUAUGUUACCUCCCGGGUGUGUGUAGCGUGUGUUUUGCAAGGAGAGUGUUAGGAGUGUGUAUUCCUUUGUGUGUGUGUGUGUGUGUGUGUGUGUGUGUGUGUGUGUAGUGUACCAUAAUGAGUGCAGCAGGAGUGGAGCGACGGAGGCCGACCUCAGCACAGACCCCUGAGGAGAGAGAGGGGGGAGAGGGAUGGGGUGAUGCAGGAAGAGAGGAGAGAGAGGAGAGAGAGGGAUGGAGCCAGCCAGGGAGGGCAGGAUGGAGGGAGGGCAGAGAAAGCGGUGUAGUGCAGAGUUAUAGCUUCGACUCGUACCAGCUGGAGGAAGAGGAGGGGACCAAGAGCGUGCCGGAGAGAGGGGUGCUGGCCCUGGCAGAACCAGCCUUUGAGGAGCCAGUCCCCGAUGACCGUUACCAUGGUAUCUACUUUGCGAUGCUAUUGGCUGGUGUGGGCUUCCUGCUUCCCUACAACAGCUUCAUCACUGAUGUGGACUACCUACACCACAAGUUCCAGGGAUCCUCCAUAGUAUUUGAUAUGAGUCUGGUGUAUAUCGUGGUGGCUCUGGUCGCUGUCAUAGUAAACAACAUCCUGGUGGAGAGAAUCAGUUUACACACUAGAAUCACAGUGGGUUACCUGUUUGCUCUGGGUCCGCUGGUGUUUGUCAGCGUGUUUGAUGUGUGGUUGGAAUCCUUCACUACCAGACAGGCUUACGUCGUCAACCUCUUCUCCGUUGGGGUGGUCGCCUUCGGAUGUACAGUACAGCAGUCCAGUUUCUAUGGUUACAUGGGGAUGCUGCCCAAGAGAUACACACAGGGGGUGAUGACUGGAGAAAGUACAGCAGGUGUAAUCAUCUCUCUGAGUCGUAUCUUCACGAAGCUCCUGAUCAGUAACGAGAGAAUAAACACACUCAUCUUCUUCCUGGUUUCCAUCACCAUAGAGAUGCUCUGCUUCCUUCUCCACCUCAUUGUCCGUCGCUCACGAUUCGUCCGCUACUACACAGGCCCCACCCACCGGGGUCACGGCCAGGGGAUAGGUCAUGACAUCGGGUCGGAGGUCAGCGGGACGGGAUACAGGGUUCACCACGACGUCACUACAGAGGAAGUAAGAUUUGGUAACGGAGUGGCGGCGACGACGUCGCCAUCUGAUGACGUCACGGAUGAGUUCACGGGAGGGACGUACGUUCGGUUUGGAAUUCCUAAAGACAAGAUCCGGAGAAGCUGGCCUGGACUACGAGAUAUGUUUCUUCACAGGUACAUCGUUGCCAGGGUGAUCUGGGCCUACAUGUUGUCUAUAGCAGUGACCUACAGCAUCACUCUGUGUCUGUUUCCUGGUCUGGAAUCAGAGAUACGCAACCCAACCCUGGGGGAGUGGCUACCUAUACUCAUCAUGGCCACAUUCAACAUGGCCGACUUCGUAGGCAAGAUCCUGGCUGCGUUGCCCUAUGAGUGGACGGGGGUUUACCUGCUCCUCUUCUCCUGCCUGCGGGUGGUCUUCAUCCCUCUGUUGGUGAUGUGCGUGUACCCUUCCUCCACCCCAACCUUGUCCCACCCCGUCUGGCCCUGCCUCUUUUCUCUCCUCAUGGGCGUAACCAACGGUUACUUCGGAUCAGUCCCCAUGAUUCAGGCUGCUGGGAAGGUCCCGCCGGAACAGAGAGAACUAGCAGGUAACACUAUGACUGUAUCGUACAUGACAGGGUUGAUGUUGGGAUCAGCUGUGGCCUACGCUGCCUAUAGCUUCACUGCACCGGGCUCAAACACACACACACACACCAACAUCACCACAGGGUACUGAACACACACACACACACACACACACACACACACACACACACACACACACACACACACACACACACACACACCACACCACACCACACCACACCACACCACACCACACCACACCACACACACACACAGAGAGAGCCCAGAAAAGGCCUCAGCGGAGAGGAGUCCCUCAAGACUGACAGGAUACUGAACUCCAGCCUGACCUCUAACCUUUGACCCCAGGAUGUUAUCCUGGUCCACCUCCUGAUCCUCCUCGUCUAUACUGCUGAGCUUUCUGCUCUGCUCGGGGAGACAGAAUCUCUGAUUGGCUUUCUGCUCUGCUCGGGGAGACAGAAUCUCUGAUUGGCUUUCUGCUCUGCUCGGGGAGACAGAAUCUCUGAUUGGCUUUCUGCUCUGCUCGGGGAGACAGAAUCUCUGAUUGGCUUUCUGCUCUGCUCGGGGAGACAGAAUCUCUGAUUGGCUUUCUGCUCUGCCCGGGGAGACAGAAUCUCUGAUUGGCUUUCUGCUCUGCUCGGGGAGACAGAAUCUCUGAUUGGCUUUCUGCUCUGCCCGGGGAGACAGAAUCUCUGAUUGGCUUUCUGCUCUGCUCGGGGAGACAGAAUCUCUGAUUGGCUUUCUGCUCUGCCCGGGGAGACAGCGUGAAGAGAAUCUCUGAUUGGCUUUCUGCUCUGCCCGGGGAGACAGCGUGAAGAGAAUCUCUGAUUGGCUUUCUGCUCUGCCCGGGGAGACAGCGUGAACAGAAUCUCUGAUUGGCUUUCUGCUCUGCUCGGGGAGACAGAAUCUCUGAUUGGCUUUCUGCUCUGCUCGGGGAGACAGAAUCUCUGAUUGGCUUUCUGCUCUGCUCGGGGAGACAGAAGCUCUGAUUGGCUUUCUGCUCUGCUCGGGGAGACAACGUGAACAGAAUCUCUGAUUGGCUUUCUGCUCUGCUCGGGGAGACAGCGUGAACAGAAUCUCUGAUUGGCUUUCUGCUCUGCCGGGGAGACAGAAUCUCUGAUUGGCUUUCUGCUCUGCCGGGGAGACAGAAUCUCUGAUUGGCUUUCUGCUCUGCCCGGGGAGACAGAAUCUCUGAUUGGCUUUCUGCUCUGCUCGGGGAGACAGAAUCUCUGAUUGGCUUUCUGCUCUGCUCGGGGAGACAGAAGCUCUGAUUGGCUUUCUGCUCUGCUCGGGGAGACAGCGUGAACAGAAUCUCUGAUUGGCUUUCUGCUCUGCUCGGGGAGACAACGUGAACAGAAUCUCUGAUUGGCUUUCUGCUCUGCCCGGGGAGACAGAAUCUCUGAUUGGCUUUCUGCUCUGCCCGUGUGACAGCUAUGACAUGAUGUAUUACAUUAUCCUUGCCUUUUCCGUCAGUAUUCUACAGCGGGUCGAGAUGCGGAACCUACUAGUGCUAAAAGUCUGUCUUUAUUCUUCAGGGUUCAUGUAAAUAUAAAGUUGUGAAUGUAAAAAAAUAUGAAAUAAAAAAAAUGUAUAACUGACAAACAUUAAAAAAAUACAAUGUGUAAAUA